AUGGAGAAGAUCCAUAAUCCGCUGUCUAAAAGGAAAGAAAUAACCACAAGCAUACCAGAGAUAUGUAAAAUACUGGAACAAGCUCUCCAAAAUCCGCAAAGUGUGCCAGAAUAUGUGAAAAAAUUUCAAUCCAAGACCUUUGAGAUCUAUCUACACCCUGAGGAAGCGGGAGAAUGGAUAAAAAGGCAGGAAUCAGCCGAAUUAUUGACUGAAUCGUCCCUUUCGGCGUUUAAAAUCUCGGCAAUGCUACUAGUCGACCGUUAUCUGGAGUUAAACUCACUAAUUCUGAGAGGAAUAUGUCAGCUAUUCGUAGUUGGCGGUCGAUUAGGAAAAUGCGCCAUGAGCAUAGUAUCCGAGGCUGCCAAUGAAGGAAAUAAGACUGAAGUGGUUUCAAUAAUAUUGGAAAUUGUAACGCCUCUGCUAGAUUUACUGGAAACAUCCUCAGCAGAACUAAAGUACAAUAUACUCACUUCAUUAUCGCAACUACCAAACAUCCCUGAAGUUUCAGUUGGUCUGCAGCCAAUUAUUUACAAUGUCAUUUCUGACAUAAAAAAUGAUCCCUGGAAAUCAGAAUAUCUUGAUCUGUUCAAAAUAAUCUCCUUGGAUGAAGAUAAUGUAGAGGAUAUAUCACACUAUGGAGUAGCAAAGCAUUUGAUGAGUGAACUUGACAGGUUUCAGGAGACAAACGGCCUAAUAGCAUCGAACAAGGAGACAAACGAUCGUUUAUGCCAACUACUUGAUAUUAUAUCUCUAUGCUUAUCCGGAUGUGAAAUAGAGUUCAUUUCUACCUUUUCUAGCAGCUUACUUGUUCCGAAUAUAAAGAAUUUAAUCGGGGAUCGACAGGGAACAUGCAGACUUACAUUACAACAGUCUCUGCUAGCAGGCAGCUUUAUCGAUCUUGCAACUGCAAUUUGUAAAAAAUCUUCACUGUCACUCGAUGAAUUGUGUUUUGGUUUUCACCUGUUUGAUUUGUUGGUUGUCCCUGUUAAGGAGGUAUCAGCAAACCCACUGGUGCUAUCUGCUUCACUUGAAGGAUUGGCUUACAUUCUCAUGAGUCCUGUGACUUCGAACACAUAUGUUUCUAUAUUCAUUGAAGAGGUGGAUUCUACAUCACUUUUAAGCUACUUUGAGGAUUCAACUAGGGAAACUUUGCUAAGAGAAUGGGCGUCUAAUACUAUCAACGAUUUGUUUUACGCUGUGAAUAAGUUUAUCGUCACUUUGUUUGAGAUUUCGCAUAAAAAUACUUCAAUGCUGGAAUAUGUUGAAAAGAUGCUUGAAAAGGGAUUGAACACUAGUGUACUUUCUGCGUUUAAUUAUACAUCUGGUGAGCCAAAAAUAAGAAGAGAACUAAUAAAGAUGAUAUCACUUUUCCCUGAAAACUGGAUUGAUUCUACAGCUAUAGGUACAAUCCUUGAUUUAUUGUCUAAAUUCUCAGUUUCUGAUUUUAUCGUGGAAGAACUAGAGGCCAUGGUUGCGGUGUUGCAAAGACGCUUGGAAUUAGUGCCAUUUGAAAUCCUUGUUGAGAAAAUUUGUAAUCUGUUAGUUGUGACAUUAAAAAGUACGAGCUCUAGUCACUUUGAACUCCUUCAGUAUCGUUGUGUAGAUUUGCUUUUGGAUGUUUCAGAUACAGAAACAGGCCGUUCACUUUUGAGAACUGAGGUGGUAUCUUCUAUUCUUCGUAAGUCUUUAAAGUAUGAACAAGAUUUUUCCCACUUUACACGCAAGGAUUUAAAAGUGGAACUGUGUUGGGUUGGAUCAAGUUCACAAUUUUUGUAUUCAUGCAUGUUUGAUAUGUACCAUCUAAAGCACGAUAGACGUCAGUUUUUCCGUGUUAUUAGGGCUUUGGAACGUUGUCUUAACGGUGCUGAUUGUUUUAAUAACGAAAAAACGCUAUUUUUGGAUGACAUGUGCGAUAGAGAACUUGAUGAUUUCUACGAAGUUGACGGUUCCAGCGAAGUUGUCUUACGCUAUAACGAUUCCAGGGUUGAACCUAUGAGUAGUUUGGAAGGGUUUAGAAAAAUUAAUAGGGAUCAUCAACACCAAAUGUUUAUAACAUUGGAACUGGUUGAUAAGAUACCUUCCUUUCUUAGUCCAUCAUUUUCACCAUUUUUUGUCCGCUUUUACCAGGAAGAAAAAAAUUGCAAUGAAAAUAGCGAAUACUGGGCAGGAGUUCUAAAGGCUGAAAAGUUGGAUUGUGAAAAGCUGAAUAUCGUCCCAAAUUUUGAUUUCAAAUUAAACUACUCUAGUGUAUUUGAUGAUGAUCCAUACGUAGUUGGUACACAAAUUGAAACUUCCUUGUCAACUACUAUUACAAAAUCAACGUACAAAUUGGCUUCUUUUGCAAUUUCCAAAAAUAUAACAUCCACAGCAAUAAAAGGCUUUGAACGUUCCUACUUUCAGAUAUUGCCCAAGUCUUUGCUUAACGAAAUUUGUAUGAAUGAGUGUACAAAACAAAUCAAUCCUGCAUACGCUGCUUCAUCCUAUCUUAGGAUACUUUAUGGUCUUUUAUAUGAUAACACAUCUCCUCUUGUAAGGAAAGUAGUAAAGGAAAGAUUCAGAGACCCCGAAUUUGUAAGGACUUUAAUAAAGCUCUCAACAUGUGCAUCGAUAAUGGAUGUAAAUAUUGGAGGAAAACUCAUCAAGCUUUGUACGCGUGCACUCGCAUUUGAGAGGAAUAUAUAUGCUGAGUCCCUAGAUAUGAUUAUCGUUUAUGAUAUCAUUUCUGCAUUCAGCUUUAAAGUGUGUAGCGUAAUUAGGGAGACAAUUUGUAGCGUACACAUCAAUUGGAUGAGUAAGGAAAUGAAACAUGUACAAUAUUUGGUCUUGCAGUUAUUUAAGUUUUAUUCUCUGUUAUAUCAUCAGGUUCCAAUGAUCAAGUUUUCAAACGUUUUAGAAAUCCAGGAACACUUUGCUGAGCUUUGCUUGAACAGGUUUAUUCCGGAAUCUGUCUUGACCCUGGUUUUAACUGUUUUAUCGCAAAUAAUUACAUUUGAAAGGAGUAGCCAUCAUGGCACCUAUGUUGCACAUUUGUUUGACACUAGUAUAGUGGAAUUAAUAAGAGAUUGUUGUCUUAAAAUUGCUGUUGGUGCUGGAUCUUCAUGCCCAAACACAAAUUCUUACUUUGUAAUUAACGCAAUCUGCAAGCAACGUCGGUACGAUCAACUAUCCCUAAGGCACAGUCUAGUUGACUCUUUACUAAAGCAAAUGCAGCUUAUCGCUCUCGGAAAAAUAUUCCAAGCUUUUGCCUCGAGCACUAAAAUCGAACGUGUAAUAUAUUUUGACAAAGUUUGGAUUAUUUCUGGUGCUAUAGAUGGUUUUGAUGAAUGUUUUAUCGCAAUUACAACAAGAAGGAUAUACUUUCUUUCUCUGGACAAAAAUGAGUUUGUUAUCCUCUUGAGAUUUUCUCUUUCCAAAGUAUCCUUUUAUACUAUUGACCAGGGAAUGUUGUAUUUUAUACAAGAGGGCGGAAAGGAGGUGUUGUUUUCUGCAUCAUAUUCCUCAUACGACGAUAUACGCCAUAUAGCCAAUGAAGGUGACCAUUCACUAGUAAUCGAAGGAGCUAAUAAAUUGCUUAUAAACAAGGACCUCUUUGUAUCAUUGUGUAGAAACGAGAAAAGUCCGUCUAUUGUUGUUAGAGCUAGCGAUUCUAUUCAUCUUUUUUCCCUGAAUGCAAAAGUAUUGAUCCAUAUUCUACGUCAUGGGGAACAAAAUUAUGAAAAGAUAGUUUUAAAAUCAUUUAUACAACCAAAAGUUGGGGAGCAUGCAAACGCCGCUCUUAAUGUACAAUAUCUUACAGAGGUUAUGCAAGAGCCAAUUGACAACAUUUCAGAGGUACUGUGUCCACAUGUAAUUAUAUAA